AUGGAGCCGUUCAGCCGGCAGCUGGAUGUCCUAUUCCAAAACGUGAGAGACGACAUCCUGAAGCAGCAUGAGCAUCACAUGACUGUCCAAAGACUUCGCAUGCGAUCCUUGAUGGGAAAGUCGACGGAGUUCUUUCGAUUAGACCGGCCACCUGACACCGUGUCCACCCUCCGGACGCCGAGCAUGAGAAGGAUGCAGACUUGGAGCUCCGAGCGGUCCUCAAGCUCCACUCGAUCUCGAUCGAAAGAGAAGCUUCAAAGGAGCGCUCCGCGGCCUCCUUCACAGAAAAAGCUGAAGGUCACGCUGGCCCAUCAACUGCCUGGAGGCAUAGCGGCGGAUGUAGAUGAAGUGGAGAGUGUUGGGGGCAUGGAGCUUUUGCCGGAGGGCCUUCCAGCUCCAAUGAUCGCAGUCCAGCAGGAAGGCAACUUUGCGACCAAAGAAGCCUUUUCCAAUGCAUUCGCCAAGCCCGAUGAUCCUGUAUCCGGUGCCGAGGAAACAGUCGACUGCCGUGAGCCUUCAAGUGAUGAGUUUGGCAGUCCAACAUCCGUCUCAGGACACGUGGUUGAGUCUGCAUCGAUUCCCACUAUUCCAGGCAUGUCAGAUGCAGACGACACUGAUAAGAUGGCCAAUGACAAAAAGCUUUCCUUCAAGGAUCGCGAGGAGGACCGUCGCAGCUCAAAUGCGAGCAAGCCCAGCAAAAUCAGCUUCGACAGCAAUGGCUCCUUGCCAUCCUUCUUCAAGGCACAGACGGCAAACACCUCGCAAUGGAAGAUCUUCCUGCAAGACAGCGAGUCGAGCGCCUCAGCUGGGAUCUUCGCCCGGGUAUGGAACUUCUUCAUCCUGACGACAGUCUUCCUAUCACUGUCGCAGGCAUUAAACCCUCCUCCCAUUUCCGGCGAGCGUCUCGGCUACGUCGAGGUUGUCAUCGAAGCGCUUUUCUGCACGGAGCUUGUCGCCAAUGCGGCAUUGGAGCCUCGCAAGUUCGUUCGAAGCUCAGUUCUGUUGCGAGACCCUCACACCUACAUUGACAUCGCAGCAGUGCUGCCGAUGAUUUUGCGCAUCGAAGCGAGCUUCGUUGUGCCUCUGAUGUCGGAGAGGUUGCUAAAGCUAGUGCGCCGAUUUGGCAAACUCAGCUUGGUCUCCCACGUGCUGAGCACCACGGGAGAUGCGUUGAAGUUGCUGCUUUUCCUCAUCUCGGUAAUUGUACUCAGCUUUUCUACGCUAAUGUAUGUCGUCGAGCCUUCUGACACCAUCGACUCCUUGAGCACGGCCAUGUGGGUCUGCACCGUGACCGUGACAACGGUAGGGUACGGGGACGUCACGCCUUCUACCACUGCAGGGCGGGUGCUCGCGGGAGUCCUUUGUUUCCUGUCCGUGCUUUUCAUGGCCAUGCCCAUUUCUGUCUUGGGCAAUGCAGCUUGGCAUCGUAUGGGGUUGGUGGGCUUUCUUAGCAUGCACGUGUCAGAGCUGAGCGCUAUGACCCAUGCAUGGGCAGAUCGCAGCCGCAUCCUGUUGAUGACCCGGACACGCCAAAGACUUAAGAGCUACGGAUAUGAAGCCAGCGACAUGCCGUCGCUUUUCCGCAAGUUUGACAGCAAUGGCAAUGGGGAGCUUACCAUGGAUGAGUUCUGCGAUAUGGUCUCAAAGAUGAAUGUCGGUAUUCGGCCGUCGGAAGCUGAAGAGCUUUUCGAACUCUUCGACACAGAUGCGAGCGGAGGCAUUGACGACAGGGAGUUCAUGAAAGCUUUAUUCCCUGAUGACUACCGGAAGCUCUAUAUCAGAACCACGACGAUGGCAUCUUUUUGA